UCUCUAAACCUCCAUUUCUCUCUCUCUCUCUCUCUCUCUCUCUUUCCAUUUCCAAUUCUUCUCUUCCAUGUCCAAGCAGACCUACAGAGUGUGUUUCUGCUUCCGCCGGCGGUUCAAGAUGACCGCCGGCGAGGCUCCUGACGAGAUCAAGAUUCUCUUUGACCAGUACUCCGAGAAUGGAAUCAUGAACCCUGAUCAUUUCCAGAGAUUCUUGAUCGACGUUCAGAAGGAGGUCGAAACCACUAGAGAUGAUGCUCAGAAUAUCAUUGAGCGUUGUACUAGUGAGCUCAAGCACUUGAACAUCUUCCAUCGGAAAGUCCUCAAUCUUGAAGCCUUUUUCAAGUACCUCUUCAGCGAUCUUAACCCUCCGCUCGAGUCUCUUGGGGUGCACCAUGAUAUGUCUGCUCCUUUAUCGCAUUAUUACAUAUAUACCGGUCACAAUUCGUACUUGACUGGGAAUCAGCUCAGCAGUGACUGCAGUGAUGUGCCCAUCAUACAAGCCCUGCAGAGAGGAGUUAGAGUAAUUGAAUUGGAUCUAUGGCCGAAUUCGUCAAAGGAUAAUAUAGAUGUUCUUCAUGGCAGGACCCUUACUACCCCUGUGGAGCUCAUUAAAUGUUUGAAAUCUAUUAAGGAGCAUGCCUUUGUUACAUCUGAAUAUCCAGUUGUAAUAACAUUGGAAGACCAUCUUCCGCCUCAUCUUCAGGCUAAAGUGGCAGAGAUGGUAACAAAAACAUUUGGAGACAUUCUGUUCACUCCUGGCUCUGAAUGCUUAAAGCAAUUUCCUUCUCCCGAAUCACUGAAGAAAAGAAUUAUUAUAUCAACUAAACCACCUAAGAAGUACCUUAAGACCAAAGAUGUUCCUAAAGAGGGUGAGCCACAGAAGGAAAAGACUUCUUCUAAUGAUAAAGAUACAUCAGCAUGGGGAAGAGAAGUGUCCAGCUUGAAAGGUGGCAUUGUAACUGACUACAAGCCAGAUUUGGAAGAAGAUAGUAACGAAGAGGAAGAUCCUGAGGAUGGAGAUCCCAAGUCUACAGACUCUACACAGAAUAUUGCACCUGAAUAUAAAAAUUUGAUUGCUAUUCAUGCGGGAAAGCCUAAAGGUGGAAUUGAUGCAUGCCUCGAAGUGGAUCCCGAGAAAGUUAGACGCCUGAGCUUGAGUGAGCAGCAACUGGGAAAGGCAGUGCUUACUCAUGGAAAACAAAUUGUGAGGUUUACUCAGCAGAACAUUUUGAGAGUCUAUCCAAAGGGGAUCAGAGUUGACUCAUCCAAUUAUAACCCAAUGAUUGGAUGGAUUCAUGGUGCUCAAAUGGUUGCGCUCAACAUGCAGGGUUAUGGUAGGUCACUAUGGUUGAUGCAUGGGAUGUUCAGAGCUAAUGGCGGGUGUGGUUAUGUAAAAAAACCAGAUUUUAUGCUGAAGCCUGGUUCAGAUGAUCAGAUCUUUGAUCCAAAAGUUAGGUUGCCUGUGAAAACAACUUUGAAAGUGACUGUGUACAUGGGAGAAGGAUGGUAUUAUGAUUUCCAUCACACACACUUUGAUGCUUACUCCCCACCAGACUUUUAUACGAGGGUGGGAAUUGCAGGAGUUCCAGCUGAUACUGUAAUGAAAAAGACGAAAACAUUAGAGGAUAACUGGGUGCCUGCUUGGAAUGAGGAAUUUGAGUUUCCACUAUCCGUCCCAGAACUCGCUUUGCUUCGAAUCGAAGUUCAUGAGUACGACAUGUCAGAGAAGGACGAUUUUGGAGGCCAGACAUGCCUGCCUGUUGCGGAACUAAGAAAAGGGAUUCGAGCAAUUCCGCUCCGCAACGUCAAGGGAGAGAAGUACAAAUCAGUCAAGCUUCUGAUGGGAUUUGAAUUCGUUUAACAAUGAAGGCAAGUUCUACAACAUCAAAAGAAUGUACAGCUUCAAAUUAGUAAGCUUUUCUUGCUCCUCUCCUUGAUUCUAUUUUAUUGGUAUUGGUGUUUAGUUUUCUUUUUGUGAGGAUCCAUUGGCUGGCCGAGUAUCAAUCAUAUCAUAUGUAUUGCUGUAGUAGUUGUUUUGAUAUGGAAGAAGAGGCUGUAAUUCCUUAUGUAGAGAAGCUAGUCCAUGACAAUUCCUCUCACUGUUCAAUCAAGUAUUUGUUCUUUUUGUUAAUUGGCUGUUUCAACAUGUGUCUCUACUUUCUUUAAGUGCACUGCAAAAGUUUCUCUGUU